AGCCUACGAAGGCUGAGAGACUACAAGUCCCAGGGGGCGAGGCGCGCCCGCCUGGAGGGCGGGGGGUACGAAAGAGGAACGCGAAGGGCGCUGGGGCCUGGGACCAGGGAUCUGUGGCUUCUUAGCAACCCCUCCCCGCCCCCCGAGCGCUGGGCGACAGGCUCUGGAUGUGUGCAGCUCCCAUCCCAGAGGGCCAGACCCUGUGCUCUGGAACAUGGCGCUCCAGCGUGCCAUCCUUCUGGCGGGCCUCCUGGUGGAAGUUGCUAGCAAAUCCUCAGAAAAUGUGGGCCAGCAGCCUGAAUGCUGUGUGCACUUGGGGGAUGUCAACACCACCUGCCGGGGCACAAACCCGUGUGGCCCAGGCUGCUACCGGCACCAGAACGAAGACGGCAGCAUCAGCUGCAUCCAGUGCGGAAACGGCACCCACCACAGGGCCGAGUGCAGAGGCCGCCCUGCGGCACCCCCCACCAGGCCCACCUGGCCUGCUUCCCACCGAGGGGCCGCGUCUCCAAGUUCUGGAGGAACGGUCACUGGCUGGGGCACACAGUUCCCGGUAAACAGGAGCACGGGGACACCCGGGCGGCCUGAUUUCGGUUCCAAUAUGGCCGUGGCCAUGCCUCAUGCCUGUGUCUCAGGGUCAGAAAGUCACCUCCCCACAGGCAACCUAAGAGCACUUUCCCCACAGUCACCAUCCAGAGCCCCCAGCCAUGGGCCCAACCAGCCUGUCCUGACCCCGUGGGGCCCUCAAGUGGCAGCUUCCCUCUUCCUGGGGACAUUCUUCAUCAGCUCUGGCCUCAUCCUCUCCGUGGCUGGGUUCUUCUACCUGAAGCGUACGAGUAAGCUCCCCAAGGUCUUCUACGGAAGAAACAAAGCCCCUGCCCUGCAGCCUGGCGAAGCUGUAAGUAACCAGAAGGAUGGGCUGAGUGCCCCGGUGUCGUGGGCCUCUGUGCUGGGGGCCAUCUGCACUUCUCACUGUGCCUUUUCUCCUUUUCAAGGCUGCCAUGAUUCCCCCGCCACAGUCCUCAGUGAGGAAGCCGCGCUACGUCAGACGCGAGCGGCCCUUGGACAGGGACACAGGCCCCACUGCCAUCUCCUCGGUGGAGGCCCGGGUCAGCAACGUCUGACCUGGGGACCCACCCACAGCUCUGCGGUGACACCGCCUUGGAGAGAGGCCAGCACACAGAGGGCAGGCGCUGCCCAGCAGGGCCUCGGGACAGGUCUGGACACGGCCCCUGGCUCAGCUUGACCGUCUCCCAGCGACAGAUGCUGAGUCAGAACCAGCCCAGCUGCCGGAAGGUGCUUCCUCCCGCUCCACAGCUGCUCAGGGCAGUGGAGGGAGAGGCGUCCCUGAGCCAGGCUCCAGAUCGUGGCCACGUGGGGUCUGGGCCCCUCGGGAGGGAUGGCUCCCAGCGGCCAAGAGCCUACAAGGACUGUGAGGCCCCUCCGUGCUUAGCAAGGCUGGGGGCUCGGCCUCUCUGCCUUUCAGAGCCCACAGUGGGCAGACCUCCCCCACAGCACCAGGCCCGUCGGCCUCCUGGCCUUCCCGCCCGGACUGUGUCAGGACCAGGGGAGGUGGGGCAAGGGAACUGGCCCCUGCAGGGCUGUGGCGCCUACAGGGCUGGCCGGCAGCCCAGAGCCCCUGAGCCCAGCAGCGCAGAUUUCCCAGAGCCGCAGAGGAGUUUCUUGGUUUCCUACUGACUUCGGUCAGCUCUAAGCGGUAAAGCCGGAGAAGCUCU